CUCUGCUUGCUUGGCCAUUGGGGGCCGCUCGAUAAAAAUUCCAACACGGGGUUUUUUUUUCACUCUUUUAUUCAUUUUUUGACUUUUACUUUUAAACAUCUUCAACCCCCUCCACCUAACCCUCUCUGGCCAUGUCUAAUUAUAAUGCCAUCGGCGUCGUACUCACUAUUCAUGGUGACGAUUACUACUUUGAGACGUCAUCUUCUCCGCUUGCUCAAAUCCCGCCAGACUCGAGCUGCGAUGACGACUUCUCCCUUGCUGCCUUGUGGAAUUUCCAUGACGAGUACUUUAGUCUCGUGGAACUCUUUGAGGUAAAGAUUCAGCUCGAGGAGGCGGAUGAGAAUGUCUGGGAUCCGGCUUUUGCAGAGACCAUCAUCCUACGGGCGACUCGACAAGUGCAGCUUGCCACAGACAUCAAGUCUCACCGGGUGGUCUGCGUCGUGGACGAUGCCAAAAAUCUUGCCCAGGGUCCCUGCGUAAUCCAAAACCGCACAGGCAAAGUCUUCCAAGCCUUCAAGCUGCAAAGGGACACAUACAAGGCGUUUGUAGGUGGAGUCUUGCGGGUUGACAAGCCGCCAGCGCCUGUGACAUAUCGCUGGCAUACCUCUUCUGAUCGCAUACCCGUACCCUACAGCCAACCAGUAACCCCAGAAGAACUACCAAGUAAGCCCCUGAGCGGGCUCCGCUUCGCCGUCAAAGACACCAUUGACAUCGCAGGCCUGGAGACCAGAUGUGGCAGCUCGGCGUGGGCAAACACGUACCCGGCGCGCACCGAGACGGCCGAGUUCGUGACGCGGCUCGUCGAGGCGGGCGCCCUCCUCGUCGGCAAGCUGCGCUGCGAUCAGCUCUGCGACGCCCAGGACCCGCUCGAGCGGUCAGAGGAGGAGACGCCCUGGAACCCUCGGGGCGACGGCUUCCAGAAGCCCUCGGGCUCGUCGUCCGGGUCAGCCGUUGCCUGCGCCGCCUACCCCUGGCUCGAUUUCACCAUCGGCGGCGAUACGGGAGGCAGCAUUCGACACCCCGCCGCCGUCAACGGGGUCUACGGUCUACGGACGUCGCUUGGGUCCGUCUGCAGCAGCGGCCUCGUCGCCUGCGCGCGGAUGGACACCGUAGGGCCGCUGGCACGAUCGGCCGAGGUCCUGGACAGGGUCGCGCGCGUCAUGACCUCGAGCGAAGGACCAUCCCUCCCUGCCCAGGCGACGUUGGAAUCCACUCCGCGCUUCCGCCUCGUGGUGCUCACGGACUCGUACCACACUGCCGCCGCAGGAGUGCGCUUCUUCCCGCCCGAGGACUUCCCCGACGUCCCGAACAAGGCAGCCCUGGGCGUCUUCAGCGAGGUCCUGCGUCGAGUGGAGCAAAUGUCGGGCGAGGCUCGGUGGCACGUCAACCCGCACGAGGUCUGGCGCAAGACGCACCCGGCGGGCAUGGCUGACGACCUGGCCCAGGCGACGCGGGACAUAUACCCGCGGCUUGUGUACGGCGACCUGUGGCGGGACGUCGUCACCCCUCUGGACAGGGACCACCGGGCCCGGCACGGCGGGGAGGCUGCGCACCUGGAGCCGCUGCUCAAGGCGCGGCUCGAGUUCGCGGCGCGAGUCACGCAGGCCGAGUACGACGAGACCGCCGCCGACUUUGACAGGUUUCGAGACUGGGUCAACGAGGAGCUGCUGCCUUCGCCGGCCCAGAACGGCGGCGAGAUCCCGCUCGUCGUGUUCCCGCAGUCGUGGGGUCUACCGCAGUACCGCGACGACGCAGCACCCACCCGGGCCCGACCUCAAGACCUCUUCUUCCAGACUGCAUUUUCGGCCUACUCGCUCAGCUACUGCUCCGGCUGUCCCGACGCCACCGUACCCGUCGGACAGGUGCAGGUGCACUCGAGGGUGACCGAGACUGAGGUCGGGCUGCCCGUGGCGUUGUCGUUCCUGGCGCCCAAGGGAUCAGACUUGCAGCUUUCUGCAAUUUUGAAGAUGUUUGAGGAUUCAGGAGUGUUUAAACCUGUCUGUUGUGGGAGGAAAUUAUACCCCUGA